AUGGAUGGGGACGUGGCCAUGAGCACUACGAUCGAAUCCCAAGGCGAUACCGCGGCCACCCAUCCCAGUCCGGCCCCUAGCGCCGCCGGCUCGACAGGCACCUCCGGCAUCACAGUGCGCAACGGCCCCGGUGGCCAGCCAGUCAGUUUCAGAAGACAACGUGCAUCACGCGCGUGCGAGACCUGCCAUGCUCGUAAGGUUCGAUGUGAUGCCGCCAGCCUAGGCGUUCCCUGCACAAACUGCGUCGCCUUCUCGAUUGAAUGCAAGAUCCCGACCCCCAAACGCAAGAAGAACUCCAGCAAGCCCAAAGACGACAGUCGGUAUGUCGACAGCCCGCCCCACACCGCCUCCGCCCUCGUCGACGCAGCGGUUGCUCACUUUCGCCCCGACAGCACCGAGGAACCCGUUGGCACCGGCUCCUCCGAGGGUGUUCGUGCUGGACAAUCGGACUCGGAUGAAAAAGAUGAUACGUUUGGAUACCGGAAGAGCCGCAUGGCCGUCGAUGGCAUGCCCGUCACCUCUCUGACCGAGUCGGAGGCGGCCCAACAGGCGUCGACGGAUAGCGCCUAUGCGCAGUUCAUGAAGCCCAAGUUUGCGCGGGCUCCGAUUAAAGAAGCGGGUCGUGUGGCGUAUCUGGGAGAAUCAUCGAACCUGUCUCUUCUGGUCCAGGACCGACAUGGAACAACAGAUGUCGUACACUAUCCGCUGCCACCGAAUAUCCGCGGAUCGCGGGCGCGAUUGACGGACCUUGAUAACCUGGAAAUCGACAUCCUUCACCAGCGUGGCGCCUUCCUGCUGCCCCCGAAACCCCUAUGUGAUGAACUCGUCGAUGCCUAUUUCAAAUGGGUUGCCCCUGUCGUCCCCAUCAUCAACCGCAGCCGCUUUAUGCGUCAUUAUCGGGACCCCAAGAACCCGCCGUCGCUGCUCCUGCUGCAGGCGAUCUUGCUGGCCGGAUCCCGGGUCUGCACUAACCCGCAGUUGAUGGAUGCGAAUGGCUCGACCACCCCGGCCGCGAUGACCUUCUACAAACGUGCCAAGGCGUUGUACGAUGCCAACUACGAGGAUGACCGUGUGACGAUCGUGCAAGCCUUGGUGCUACUAGGCUGGUACUGGGAAGGCCCUGAGGAUGUGACAAAGAACGUGUUCUACUGGACCCGGGUUGCCAUGGUCGUGGCACAGGGCUCGGGUAUGCACCGUAGCGUGGAAACUUCACAACUCAACAAGCCCGACAAGAGACUGUGGAAGCGUAUUUGGUGGACUCUGUUUACUCGCGAUCGCUCUGUGGCAGUUGCACUGGGACGGCCCAUUGGGAUCAACACGGAUGACUCGGACGUGCCCAUGGUGACCGAAGACGACUUUAUCGAAGAUGAGCUUGAUACGCCGGCCGAAUAUCCGCCCGACACAGUGCAUGUGCAGUUCUUUUUGCAAUACGUCAAGCUCUGCGAGAUUAUGGGGCUGGUACUGUCCCAGCAAUACUCGGUGGCGUCCAAGUCUCGUCGGAUGAAUGCGAUGGAUCUCACCCACUCUGAUAUGGCGUUGGCCGAUUGGCUUCAAAAUUGUCCCAAGGAGGUGUGCUGGCAGCGAUCUCGGCACCACUUCUGGGCCGCCUUGCUUCAUUCCAACUACUACACCACUCUUUGUCUGCUACACCGAGCCCACAUGCCGCCUGCGUCGUCGGCGCCGAAUAGCUAUCGAGUCGAGGAGAUGGCCUACCCAUCUCGGACGAUUGCCUUCCAGGCUGCGGGUAUGAUGACUUCCAUUGUCGAGGCUCUCCAGGCUCACAAUGAGAUUCGAUACACCCCGGCCUUUAUCGUGUACAGCUUGUUCUCCGCCCUGAUCAUGCACGUUUACCAGAUGCGUUCCUCGGUUCCGUCGAUCGUGGCGACUUGCCAGGAAAGAAUCCAUGUUUGCAUGACGGCCCUGAAGGACGUUUCCAAGGUCUGGCUGGUAGCUAAGAUGGUACACACCCUAUUCGACUCCAUCCUCGGCAACAAGGUGCUGGAAGAACGACUACAGAAGGCCGCUGGCAAGCGACACCACCGUCGACCACACGAGAAUGCGAACGCCAACCCCAACGCAGGCCCCGCGAAGAGGCCCGACCCGCCGAAGCGCAAGUUCGACGAUAUGGAUCUUCCCCUGCCCAACGGUGGUCCUACACCUCCGGUCUCAUAUGAGCGAUCUCGUCCCCAGACACCGGCUGUGACCCCAUCCCGGGAACUGAACCAGCCUCCUCUGGGCCAGCAAUCGCCCAACGCCCCCCGUGGACCCCACGACCCCACGGCCGGCCCAUCCAACUCCCGGAGCAACACUCGUCCUACCACCCCCUUCAACGCCCAGUUCUCCCUCCCCGCCACGCCUCCCGACUUCUUCCUCGUGACCCGUACCUCGCCCAAUCUCUCGCCCUCGCUCUGGGAGAAUUUCCAACCCGACCAGUUGUUCCCCGACGGCACCGCCAUCUUCCCCGAACUGACCUCUCCACCCCCGGCGACCGUCGACCCGCAACUGCAGAUACCAUCGAACCUCCAGGCCCCUAAUCUGGGCCAGCGGCCGAUGAUGGGCGCGCAGCCGCAGCCGAUUCCCGGCGGACGCAGCAUGUCUGUUUCCCAGGGCAGUCCGCAGAUGAUGCAUGGUAUUCCAGGUAGUAUGGGGAUGCAGGCACCCCAUGGAUCGCAGGCAUUUGGCAUAGAUGCGGGCCAGUCGUGGCCGAUGCAGGGUCUUGAUGGGACCAUGAGCGGGGCGGCGCUGGACGCUGCCAGUCAGGACGAUAACUGGAGUAGCAGCUCGCGUAGUGGACCGACUGCGCCGACGACCUUGAACGUGGAAGACUGGUUCCAAUUCUUCGGUAUCAAUGGCGGCUUUGGUGAUCUGGCUGCUUAA